AUGCCCGGAAGACCGAGACGGUCGUGUGAGAGCUGCAGUGCUCAGAAAGCGAGUCCCCCUCGCCGCUCUGCUUCGAAAGGAGCUUAUACUGACAUUGCACUACCCACGAUAAAUGCCCCUCGCUCUGGGGUACCCCCGGUUGUGCCGGUAGAGCCCUCGCUAUCAUGCCUUCACAUACCCGAGAAGCGAUACUUUGGCGUCCCAUCAGCACUGCUUCCCACCCUGAUAGACUUGUAUUAUACUCACCUAUACAAUGCCUCCCUCCUUGUGCAUAGACCUUCCUUAGCCAGCGCUUUGGAAUCUGAAACCAUACGCAUUGACGUGCUGCUUAGUAUAUGUGCGCUAGCUUCAAAAUUUUACACAGAUUCGAAAGGAUCUGCGGUUCUCGUGGACAAUCACUUCGGCCGUGAAUGGGCCGAAGCGGCUGGUCGCAUGGUAUUUCGAGAGGUCGAAAACCCCUGUGAAGAUAACGUUGUUGCGUUUCUUAAUCUAGCCCUCUUCUGGUAUAGUAAUGGGUGGUUCCAGCGGUCAAAUAUGCAUUCGUCGUGCGCUUCCAAUACCGCAUGGAGCCUUGGAGUACCCAUCAAUGAACAAGGAAACGAAGGACCUUUGGAGUCCGAGAUGCGGCGAAGGAGGUUUUGGGCUUGCUACCUGCUCUGCUCGUUCCAGUGGGAUAGCCUCUUCCCCAAAAUUCCCACGGAUACCAUGUUGAACAUGAGACUUCCCUGCAGCGAGUAUGGGUUUGUACUGGAGAAUCCCGAACCAGGAGUCUCAUUGAAAUCUACCGAGAGCACGAAGAGUAUCUUUGCGGAGCUAAUCAGGGUCAUUGCAUUAUGGUCUUCUGUCGUCGCCCUCAUCAAGCAAUCGGAGUCGAGUUUAGCGAACCGCCUUGUUGAAAUCCAGAUCCUGGACGGACGAAUCCGCGAAGCUUGGUCAAAACUUGACGUGUGUCUUCGUUUAGACUGCAGCAAUAUGGCUUCAGUACCCCCGGAUGACCUUCCAAAGCUGCUCUCUUUACACAUCAUCUAUCACCAGUGUUUUUGUUCCUUGCAUUCAUCCAUUGUACCGCUCUUUUCUUGGAGUGCUUGUGAGGGCGUUUUCUCGUAUGCACAGCAGCUGUCAGCCCAAAUAGCCUUUGAGCAUGCAAAUUCUGUGUCCGAUCUUCUACAGACGGCAUUGAACUUGGAUUGGGAUUCUCGAAGGAUGCCGAGCUUUAUUGGCUACGCUGCCUAUUGCGCCUGCGCUAUUCAAACUCCCUUCUUGUGGUGCUCGCAUCCUGAUGUCAAGCAGCGUGCUGUAUACAGCAUUCUAGCAAAUCUCAAGACGCUACAGAUUUUGGGCACGUAUUGGGCGUUCCUGAAAAUUCUGGGACGAUUUGCGUGUGGUUUGUACAAAGUUCAUGCGAGCGGUCCGUUCCCGUUGACGGAUGAACCUAAGAACAUGACUCCAGAGGCCUUGAAAGGGUUCAAAUCGGCAAAUUCAAGAGCUCGGCUCUCGAUUUUGACACAUAACGAAAUUAUAGUCAGUGAUCAAGGAUCAACUGCGCAGGCUGCGGAUGAUAUUGGCGAUCUAGGUUUGGAUGAUGCCGAAUCCCGCGGCGCUGCUUCAGUAGAAGAGAACAUUGCCAAUUUUAUUUCACAAAUUCCCCACGAGGUAAGGGCUACAAGCAGCCAACUUCCAAUGACGAUGGAUCCGUUCGUGCUAGCAGAGAAUUUCAACCUUUACGAGCCAGACGGAUCAUUUAUCUGGACGAGAGAACCGGGAAUGGAUCAAUUUGGACAUAUUGAAAAUUGGAUUUCGGAGCUAUUACAAGAAGGGGCUUGA